AUGGAGGGAGACAUGCCUAUAAACCUGCCCCAGGAGACCCUGGAGGAAUUCAAAGAGGCCUUCAACCUUUUCGACAGAAACGGAGACGGGAACAUCACCACAGCCGAGCUGGGAACGGUGAUGCGCUCCCUCGGGCAGAACCCCACGGAGGCAGAUCUCGCCGAUAUGAUCAAUUCCAUCGACACGGACGGCAACGGCGUGAUCAGUUUCGUGGAGUUUGUUCGGCUCAUGGUCACGAAGUCACGCAACACAGACUCUGAGGAGGAGCUCAGGGAGGCCUUCCGCGUCUUCGAUAGGAACGGUGACGGGUACGUCAAUGCGGCGGAGCUGAGGCACGUCCUGACCCACAUCGGAGAGAAGCUUGACGAGGACGAGGUUGACGAUCUCCUCCGUGAGGCCGACAUAGACGGCGAGGGCCAGAUCAAGUACGCAGACUUCGUAAAGAUACUCUGCAGGAGGUAA